AGCGACGUCCAGCUCGAAUCACAGCCGCGUUUUGACAGUUCCGAAUUGCCAGCCCCAAAACGUCAUUAGAACGUCACGAAAACACCUCAUAUCGAAGCAGCACAGCAAAAGCAAAAGGCAAAAGCGCAAAGCGAAACAUUGCAGCAAACAUUCUGUGAUAAAGUGAAUAAUUAUACAAACCAGUUGCACUCUGUUUAAUACACUGGGUCUUAAAAUAUGUCCAACAAAUACGAAAUCAGACCAUAUGCCAGCGAUAGUGACGAUAGCGGGGACGAGGUCGCAGACAUCGAUGUGGAUAAGCUAGAACCGCUGGAAGCUGGACCCGGGGAACAUAAGCUUCAGUACACCUACUGUUUAUGGUUCGGCAAAAAGGGAUCACAUAGAGCGGCGGAGUACGACAAAUCGCUACACUUAGUCGGCCGAUGUGCUAGCGUGGAGCAAUGGUGGUCCCUGUACUGUCACCUAAUAAAACCAACCAGCUUGAAACCUUACAGAAGGUUACAUUUGUUUAAGAGUGGCAUCAAACCCAUGUGGGAAGAUCCGAGCAAUUCAAAAGGCGGCAAGUGGGUCAUUCGGCUGAAGAAGUCAAAGAUGGACCGAGCCUGGGAGAAUGUGUGUAUGGCGAUGCUAGGGGAGCAGUUUCUGGUAGGGUCCGAAAUUUGUGGCGUCGUCCUGUGCACCCAGUACCCCGAGGACGUCCUGUCGGUGUGGAACCGGACGGCUACCGAUACGGUUAGCACCAAUCGCAUUCGAGAUACGCUGCGGCGCAUUCUAAACCUACCUCAAUCGCAGCACAUCGAGUACAAACCACACGGCGACAGCCUGAAGUUUGUGCCGGCCUGAAUCUGCCUACGCCCAUGGCACACCGACCCCACUUCCAAAGUCUGAUCGAGUAGACUUUUAUUCAGCAAAUGUUUCGAGUUUUAUUUCGAUCGUUUAUCCUUUUUUUUAAUAGCUCGAGAAAAAAAAGUAUGAUGAUCCAUCAACACUGCAGCAGCAUCCAUUUUUCCUACAAUAAACGUUCGUAUAUUAAAGAUUCUAUACAAACACCA